AUGAGCGCAGAAGCUAUGGCUAAAAGGUCUUUGUUGGCAGCAAUUGCCGACGAAGAUUCUGUCACUGGUUUAUUGUUGGCCGGUGUUGGACAAGUCUCAAACGAAGCAGGAAAGGAGACCAAUUUCUUGACGGUUAUUCCUGGUAAGACAUCCACAGACGAUAUUGAAGAAGCAUUUGACAGGUUUACUUCAAAAAGAGACGAUAUUGCCAUCUUAUUGAUCAACCAGCACUUGGCUGACUUGAUCAGAUAUAAGGUUGACAAUUACACUGCCGCGUUCCCAGCGAUCUUGGAAAUUCCUUCUAAAGACCACCCAUAUGACCCAGAAAAGGAUUCGAUUUUGAAGAAGGUUAGAAGACUUUUCGGUGAGUAA